AUGGUCAAGUGUCUCCUGGUCCUCUGCUCACUUUUGGGCUUCAUCAUGGUGCAUCCUGUGAUACCUUCGGUUUCAGGUCCUCGAGAAUGGUGGCCGCCACAUGGAACUAUUAGGAUCAAAUGUCCUUACAAGACGGUGAACUUGAGUUGGCUCCGUGGCACAAUCGACCCCUGUCCUUGGACAAAACAGCCCAUCUGUGGAACCAAUUCUGUGACGUAUGACAAUCCCUGCAUCUUGUGUAUUGAGAGCUUGAAAUCCCGUGGAAGAAUUAAGUUUCGCCAUGAUGGUAAAUGCUAGCUGACCAGGCUCGGAUGUGGGAGAAGAUGAUGUCUUUUUCUGUCCAUCACAGUGUCUUCUCACUGUGCAUCAUCGCUCCUCUGUCCCUCCUUGCAUGUAUCCUGGUGACAGAUAUCUGUCACCACACAGCUGGCAGCAGGCAGCACAAGCUUCCUUCUCAGCCCACGCUUUCACUCACUAACUGACUUCCACAUUUUCCCAAAUAAAAUAAGCUUUUUCUGUGCUUGUUCUGAGUUCAGUGGCAUAGCAUGCUGGAGGCCCUGGGCUUAAUCUCCUGGAUUGCAAAUAAAUCAAUACAACAAA